UUAUCACUCUCCAAGGGGGAAGGAAGGAAUGGGCGGGGCAUUGAUUGAUUGUUAAAGCCUGUCGAUCCUUUAAUUAUUUUGUGUUGGAUGAAAUAGGGUAACUUUGAACAAGUCCAAACUCGUCCAGUCACUCAGUCGUCAGUAACAACAACAAUUGGAUGAUGAUGAUGAUGGUAAUGGACAACGACGACUUCUCUAGAUUGCUUCUUCCUCUAAUCUUAAUAACUAUUAUUUCUCUUCUCCCACAAGUUUCUUCACUUUUCUUUUCCUCCACAUCCAGGUAAUUUAGAUCUCAUUGCCUGCCCCGCCCCAGGAGGGAGGGAGGAGGAUUAUACACUGUUUCGCUUCGUCUUCAUCCAAUCUUCUCUUUCUUUUCCUUAUGUCCGUUAAAUGGCGUCAUCGCAAGUCGAAAUCGCCUCUUUCGUCCCCUUCGGUUGCGUCCUCAGGAGAGACCAAAGUCGCAGAGGCGCAGAUCGAUUCAGUAUUAACACCACUGCUGGCGAUACGACGGGGGAGGAUUUCUCAUGCCCUAAUAAUACUCACGACGUCUCCCGCCAGGAGAGGGAAACUUCUCCCACCCAUUCUGAGAGCUCAACUGAAAUCCCUAAUCAUGGCGGCGUAUCUUCCCUAGUCAAGAAAUGGAAGGAUUUGUCAGGUGAGCAUCAAAAUGGAGAAGACAUGUCGCCUCAACCGCCGCCAGAAUCUCUUGACAUUGAACCGUCGGCAACGCCUCCCGCGACUGAUUCUGCUGUCGGACAAAGUAAAAGGGUCGUCAGGGUCGCCGAUGUUAUACGGAAAUUGACAACCGAUGGCGAUGAUAGUGAAUUAGAUCAUCAUCGCCGUCUUCAAAUACCGGAGCAGAGACAUCUUUUUUCUGCUCCUUUUGUAAAUUCCCCUCGUAUUCGGGGGCGGCAAGCACUUACCGACCUGCUUCUGCAAUUAGAGAAAGAAAGGCGAAGUGAGCUUGAUGGGUUGUUACAGCGCCGACCAGUUUCCAAUUUCUCACACAAGGGGAAAAUUCAGGCUUUACUUCGGCUUAGAUUUUUACAUCGGGAAGCAGUAAAUAGAUAUCAAGAUCAUCUAAAUAAUCCAAUGCCAAUAAGAUACAACUUGCACCGUGGAAAGGAAAAAGUCAGGCAGCAGCCUCAAUCACAUUUAUCAGAGGAGACAACUCUACCUUGCAAUCAUCAUCCACGAGAUGAUUCAACAAUCUCAGAUAGAAAGGAUUGUAAUCCCUCAGAGCAACAUCCACGAGAUGAUUCAGCAAUCUCAGGUAGAAAGGAUUGUAAUCCAACAGAUCAUCAUCCACGAGGUGAUUCAACAAUCUCAGAUAGAAAGGAUUGUAAUCCAACAGAUCAUCAUCCACGAGAUGAUUCAACAAUCUCAGAUAGAAAGGAUUGUAAUCCAACAGAUCAUCAUCCACGAGAUGAUUCAACAAUCUCAGGUAGAACGGAUUGUAAUCCAACAGAUCAUCAUCCACGAGAUGAUUCAACAAUCUCAGGUAGAACGGAUUGUAAUCCAACAGAGCAACAUCUUCCACACUUGGAUUCAACAACAUCUGAAUAUAAAUCCAUUGUAACUCUAAGAGACAGAUUCAACCAUGGGAUUGAAAGUGAUGUAACUAACCCCAAGAGAGCACGUAGAGAUUUGGUAAACAAGUAUGUAGAAAACUUUUCUACUGAUUCCCUGCACAUAAAUGAAAUUGAAGAGCCUACCUCACUAGUUAACCUCAUUGAAGAGAAGACAAGUACUUCCUCCAGUCAAAACUCUAUUGUUUAUACCCCAAAAGAAAUUCAUGAACGUUCUGGUUCAUUUCCAGAUGAAGAAAAACAUAGAAUGAGUGAAGAGAAUAGAUACCAUUACAACCGCCAAGGCUUAUCAACAUCCUCCUCAAAGGAGGAACAUGUAGAGAAAGAAGAAGAAGAUGAAUGGAAAGGGGUUUUUAACCAGAUAAUAGUAGAUACAAAAAAUGAAGAUAGCUCUAGUGACAUGAGCCAAUCACGGGGUGAUUUUGAAGAAGAAGAAGAAGAAGAAGAAGAAGAUGGAGUAAACUGUCAGGAAGUGGAAAUUGAUGAGCAGCAGGGAGCUAACUGUGACUGGACAAAUGAUAUUUGUCGGCCAAUAAGUGAUUGGGAAGAUCUCAGGCAAGCAAGAUAUGAUGAGAUGCUCAAUCCUUUCAACAGUAACCAAGAUAUACAACAUCUACUCGAAAGGAGAAAUGUGUCCACUUUUCUUUUCAGUAACCUGAGACAGAAAAUUGACCAGCUGAUGAUCUCUCGCUCGAACACACUACCACAUCAACCGAAAGAAGAACCUCUUUCACAGAGCAGAACAAAACAACUUAUGACAUCUCAAAUACCAGGAGAAAUGCAUGUGCCUGAAAGUGGGCAGGAAGGAGGAUCAUCAGAUGAUAGAAUCAGCUACUAUAAGGAUCCAGACAUAACAGGUUCAGAAUCGGAGUGUUCAAUUAGGUCUUGUUACGAGGUUAAUGAUAGCUCAGACCCUCAUGAUGAAUCUCCAGACCCAACCUCCCAAUCUCCCAUCUUGGACAUAACGCCUCAUUCUUCAUUUCAAAGUCAAUCGUCAAUGGAAAUUGAACUAAUACAUGACCUAAGAGGGCAUAUGUUACAACUUCAACAAGAGAUGUCUAAGCUAAGAAAAUCUAUGAAGCACUGCAUGGAAAUGCAGGCAAAUUUGCAAAAGUCAAUUAAGAAAGAGGUUGCGGCUGCGGUCAAGCACGAGGUUGCGUCUAUUUUAGGUCGCUAUGUUGAAUUAGAAGACAUGGGAGAAACUUCAAAGAAGGAAAAGGGGUCCCCCAACCACAAGAAAGGAAUUUGUUCCAUUUGCAAUGAAAUGCCAGUUGAUUCUCUUUUGUACAGAUGCGGGCAUAUGUGCGCCUGCUUCAAAUGUGCUCAUCAAUUGCAAAUAGAAAGCGGAAGAUGUCCUGUUUGCUCUUCUCCCAUUGAAGAUGUUGUCCUGGCCUCCAUAGCUAACUAACUAACUAACUAACGUAUAAUAGAAUAGAAGGCUUGGCUUGGCUUGCUUACCAUUUUUAUUUAUAUUUUUUGAAAAAUGGUAGUUGUUGAUUGAAGAAAGAAGGACAAAAGCAAAACAAGAGUUCAAACAGGGAAAAAAUGGAAAAGUAAAAGGUGCAGCAAAGGAGAAGAGGCAGAGGAAGAUAAAAAGAAAAAGGCAUGAACUUACUUACUUACUCUAACCCCCCCUCAACUGAUCAAUGAGUUUUGAGUGUUUAUUAUUAUUAUUUAUAUACAAUAAAGCAUGGAAAUUAUACAAAAAUGACAUUAAAUAUUUGUUGGGUUGUUGAAUUAGUAAAUUUUAGUAUU